AUGACCAUGUGCGCUGGAGCGUUUCGGCUUUCGAAGCUUGGUCCAAAUGAUGAGACGAUGACGUAUGGACUUUUGAUUGGUUACCUUGCUAUCAUGAUCAUCAAAAUCUAUCUACCAUGCUAUUACGGUAGUGAAAUAGCUUACAAAAGUCAACAGCUCACGACCGUGUUGUAUUCGUUGGAUUGGAUCAGCUUUGACGAAAAGUUCCGCAAGGAUUUGAAAAUCAUGAUGACUAUCACCAGCAUGCCAAUGGACAUCAAAGCGGAGGGAUUAUUCCCUUACGAUUUGACAAUGUUUACAACGGCAAUGAACUUUGCAUACUCUUUCUAUGCCUCACUACAAGGAGUGUUUUAA